GGGGUAGGAACCGUGUUGGUUUUCACCGUGUCAUUGUAGGAACACGGACAGGUUUCGCCGAACACCAGAACUGAUUGUGUUUCUUUUCUUCAACGCUCUAAAGAAUGAGAUCAAUUUAAUUGAAACUACUGAGUAUAAGUUUUGAGUUUUUAAUGAGUGAUAAAAGGCAGCGAGCUAGAGUUCAGGGCUCCUGGGCCAAACCUCUUCAGAAACCACAACAGCCAAGCGCUCAACAUGUCCCGUCGGCAGCAGGAUCAUGGAAAUCUGCACCGCGAUCAUUUGAGUUCCAUCAGCCAGCAGACCCCAUCAGAGAGAUUCCUGUGGAGAAAGUGAUCGAAAAUGCUGGUGACUAUGAGAUUAGUCAAGGGCCUACUGGUGUGUCCAGACUGCGACUCAUACCAGGGUUUCUACCGCAGGAGGAAGCUGACUGGAUGUUUAGCAAGCUGCUCGCUGAACUGCCAUGGUCACAAAAGACCAAUUAUAGGAUGAUGGGUGAUAGUAUAGUGAACCCAGUAUAUGAGGAACCCAGGCUCACUUGUUGGUAUGGAGAGCUCCCGUAUACAUAUUCACGUUCCGCUAUGCAACCCAAUGCUCAGUGGCAUCCAGUUCUCACCACUUUACGUCUGGCCGUUGAGCAGAAGAGCGGUCACAAGUUUAACUCAUUGCUGUGUAACCUGUACCAGGACGGUAAAGACAGCAUUGGUUGGCACAGUGACAACGAGCCGUCAUUAGGACCCAAACCCAUCAUCGCCUCUCUGAGUCUGGGCGACACAAGAGUGUUCAGUCUCCGAAAGCAGCCACUUCCUGAAGAUAAAGGAGACUACACCUAUGUGGAGCGCAUACGCAUCCCACUGACCCACGGGACUCUCCUGGUCAUGGAAGGCUGUACACAGGUGGACUGGCAGCACCAGGUGGCAAAGGAGUACCAUGACCGUGGGCCUCGAAUAAACCUCACGUUCCGCACCAUAUACCCAGAGCCAGAGCGUCCCAGUGGGAGAUUUGUGAGAUGAUUGCUGGGAGAUGAGGAGAAGAGACUGUGGGUUUGAAGAGAUCUGGAGAGGUCUGUCUCAUUUACAGAGCACCAGUGAUGACUUAUAUACACAACAGACUACACAUCAUUUCUGUUCAGUUUAAUUGUUUAUUAACAUGUGGAAGUUCAUAAAGACCUUGAACAAUGGAUUUUUUGUUUACAUAAUGAUUAUUUUCUCACUGCAAUUGUCCACAAAUUGCUUAUGUUAUAAGAAAAAGUUAUAGGGAUUACUUCUUUACAAUGUUUGGAGAAUAUAUGUCAAAAAAGCAGUGCCAACUGGCUCAUAUUUCAGUUAUGGCCCCCCAAAGGCUCUUUUUCUAGGUAAAUUGCUGUUUAAAUAUUACAUGUUGUGCAAUUUUGUAUUUCUAGCUUGUGGUGAAUAAACUUUAAUUACAUACA